AUGUAUGAGAGGGGGUUGAUGGAAGGAGAAGAAGUACGGGAAGUGAUGGGAAAUAAGAGUUGGGAAAGUAGGGGAAAGGAAAUAAGGAUGAGUAUCGCAGGGGAAGUCAUGGAUAGGAAAGAAUCUAGAGGAAGUGAGAAAAGGAGAAGGAGCACAGGAUGGGAGAAGAGAAAAGAGAGAAAACAAGAGAGAGAGAGAGAGACAGAAGAACAAAAGGAGGGGAGAAAGGACAAGAGAGAAACGGAGAGAAAGAAAAGAAGAUGGAAAAAGUGGACGGAAGAAAAGAAUAAGAAGAAAAGGAUAGGGAGAAAUGGAGCGUUGUAA